AUGGAAGGAGAGAUUCGCACUUUGGACGAUUUAAAGGGAAAAAUGAGCAAUUUGACAGCAAUACAUUUACAAUUGAGAUUAAGGGAUACAGCUUGUAUUGAAUUAAAGUCUCCAAACUCCUCUCAACAUUCCUAUCUUCACACGAUCGAAUUCAAAGCUCUCGAACAGCAUUAUCCUGUCCUCAACACCUAUAAAUUCGCAAUCCCUCGUGUUUCCCCAUCAUGUAAAUGCGAUUGUCCGAAUGGGAUGAAUGUCUGCACUCCGGAGAAAUAUCACUACAAAGCCUGUUCAUCUGGCUCUUUUUGUCAGCGUACCUAUCACGCGGAUCAAAGCUCUCUUGGCUGUGUCUCAUCAGGGAAUUCGGCUGUUUGUUGUGCGAUCAGAAUUGAUCCGUUUAAGGAAAUGAAAUUCACGGCUGUUCAAAUCGAGCAAGCCGACACGAUUCUCGUCCUUCACUAUCGAAUUUUCGAGAGGCGAACGGGUGGCCGAUGGAGAUUGGCCGAGGACGGAGAGGCGAAUAAAAUCAUCCCGAUCUCAAUGAACAAAGGCGGAGAAAGUAUCGAAUUAUCUCGACACCUUGUCGACAUUUCCGUUUCUGGUGGAAGACCGGCCAGGGAAAUUCUCCCGGGUGUAUAUUUUGUGAGAGAAGGUACACACGAGUUACGCGGUGGCAUUCAAUUGAAUCGACCCGAAGAGACAUCAUUGAAUAAAAUGGGAUGGUUUAGAAAGAACACCAAUGAACAAUGGGAAGUGAGAAGAGGCGAAAUACUGCUUAAAUCGGCUUUGCAUGUGAAAGUAAACGAUUGCAUAAAACAAAACUACUCGUGGACAUGGAAUGCCGAACAAUAUGUGGACGUUGUUGGCACAAAAGAAACCGAGUUUUUCGAUUUAGGGAAACCCCUCACCGAUUAUGCGUGGAUUCGCGAGGCUUUAUUCCGUGAUCGAGUCGUCAAAGUCGAUCACAAAGAGGGGACGACGGUAUCGUUAUAUAUCUCAACAACCUCUCGCCCAUCAAUCAUCAGCCAUCCAUCACAAUUCGCCUCAUUUGAUGGGGUUUUUCGAUUGGAUCAGAAUAGCAAUCGAUUCUUGAAUCUCACUUUUCAGGAUGCAAAGGGGACAAUGAUCGGGAAAAUCUAUCGAGAUGCUGAUGAGAAAGAAACUGAUAUGACUUUCUCUGUACAAACAGCCGAUUCAAGAGUACUCAGGAGCCCUUAUUUUCUGAUUGCUGUUCCCGCCAUCGACAGUCGUCGUUUUGUUUGCUUUCAUCCAUCAAGUGAUCAAGGGGGGAAACAAUGCAAAUGGCUUGAAUUCAACGCCACCGAACCAGCUCAAGUUCAAAUCGCUCAUCCAUGGCAGACGGCACAGGGCGAUUGUGUGGGAUGUAAUGAAAGAGGAUUUGAUGCAUUAUGGGUGGCAAUUGAUCCAAGAAGAUGGUUAGAUGGGAUAAAUACGACAACGGAAUUGGUGACAAUGUUGAUUGAGGUAGCAAUUGCCGUGCUCGGGAUGUUAAUGGUCGUCAUGUUGUUCUCAAAAAUCAUCUAUCCAAUGUGUCGUUGUGUUAUCUUCAUGGCAACACCACCAACUCCAAAAAAA